AUAAAAAAACAACCGGAAAUGUAGUAGCGUACCUUCCACUACAUUUUCUCAUUUUCUUUUUUCUACAUUUUUUGGCCCAACGCGGACUAUACCAACAAUGUCAACCGCACAUACAACUGGCUCUCUCUCUCUCUCAAAUAUUAUUUUUUUCUUUCUAUUUUCUUUAUUAUUUUAGAAUCUUCUAAUCCUAUUUCUAGUUCAGAUGAGAGACCUCUUCAUACAUUCCCUUAUAAAAUUCAACUCCCACAAUUCCUCGACUCAGUCAGUCCUCAAAAGGCUUUCAUCUCCUCAAACCAAAACUCAUCAUAGCAGAAACCCAUUCUCUCUCUCUCUCUCUCUCUCUCUCUCUCUCUCUCUCUCUCUCUCUCCCCUCAAGACAUGGGCAACUACGUUUCUUGCACCCUAUCAACCCAAAUAGCCAAGAACAGCAAAGCAGCCACCAAAGUCAUCGUCCCGACCGGCGAAAUCAAGCAAUUCUAUGUACCAAUGAAAGCUGCAGAGCUCAUGCUUGAGACCCCAAACUUCUUCCUGGUAAACACAAAGUCUCUCCAUAUUGGAAGAAGAUUUUCAGCUCUCAAUGCUGAUGAAGACUUGGAGAUUGGUGAAGUGUACGUCAUGUUCCCCAUGAAGAGGCUCAACUCUAUCGUGACGCCAGCCGACAUGGGCGCCUUGUUCCUCACCGCCAGCUCGGCAGCCAAGCGUCUUUCGGGCAGAAACAUGAGGGUGCAGCCGGCUGAGGAUCAGUCCGGGGAACUUGCUGAUGAUGAUGAUGAGGAGGAGGAGGAGGAUAAUAAAAGGAUGGAGAAUUGGCGGGAAAAUCUUGAACAUGAGGCCGCGAAGCCGAAGUUGAAUUUGGAUGAUAUUGAAGAUUUCUCGGCGCCUGAGUUCAUGCACAGGGUGUCUAUGUGUAGGUCAAAGAAGCCAUUGUUGGAGACUAUAGCAGAAGAGCCUGUUUCUGUUUGUUCCAGGUGAUCAUGGCACAGAAGGGUUAUUUAUGUAAUUUUGACUAAGCUGAUCUCUUUUAUAAAUUUUAGCAAAGGGAGGAGAUAUAUAUUAAUAUUGUAGAAAAGUGGCGUGUGUAUUACAAAACUUAUUACAGGCAGGAAGUUUCAGUUGUUUUUCAACGUGGAUUAAUUACAUUUGCACCCUUUUCUUUUUCCUUCU